AUGUCUACCCAAAAACCCCUCGACACCCCACCAUCUUCCAUUCGAUCCCAAUCAUCUGAAAACGCGUCGAAACCUCCUCCCGACGCGCGUUCUGUCGCCUUUCCCUCCAACUCGAACGCCCCCUCUACUCGUGCCGAAUCUCCCUCCAAACUCCCCCGUUCCGUGUCAUUCUCCGUGGCCUCUCGUCCCAAAAACGCGAAACAAAAAUCAUUCUCCACCGCCCCUGGCCCGCCCAUACCAUUCCCCUCACCGCCUGUGCCCCUCCACUCGCACGUCACGUCGCCUUCAUCGUCGACUAUCAAUGCUGGAUCCGGCACUACGACUCCAUUGUCGCUACCGGAACCCGACGGAACACGCCCUCGCUACCAUUCUUCCGUCUCGCGCACCACCAUCCCCCGCUCGCAAUCUUCAUCUUUUGCUGGCAAACUCCAGUCCUUGCGCAAGAAGAUUGAGUCAGAGCUCUCCCGAAAGCGCCCCGGGUCGCAGAAUGCCCAGCAGGUUUCGGGAGGAGGGAACAAGAGACAGAGCAAGCGUGCUUUGAAGGGGACUGUCGCUGGACUGAGGCCUAGUCCUGCUUUGACCGUGCCCGAGGGGAUGAGCGUAGCCGACGCGAGUCAGCUUUGUGCUGCCAAGCGUGCGGACUGUGUCUUGGUCGUCGACGAGGAAGAGGGAUUGAGUGGUAUCUUUACUGCCAAGGAUCUUGCUUUCAGAGUCACUGCCGAAGGCCUUGAUCCCAGGAUCACUACCGUCUCUCAGAUCAUGACCAAAAACCCCAUGGUCACCCGUGACACUACCAGCGCCACCGAAGCUUUGCAGCUCAUGGUCAGCCGUGGUUUCAGGCAUCUGCCCGUCUGCAACGAGGACGGUGACGUCGUCGGUCUCCUCGAUAUCACCAAGGUCUUCCACGAGGCUCUCGCCAAGGUCGAGCGUGGAUCCACUGCUACCACCCAGCUCUCUGCCGCUCUCGCCGGUGUCCAGACCGAGCUUGGUCCUGGUAUGCAAGGCAAUCCUCAGGCGGCUGCUAUGCUCGCCUACGUCGAGACUCUUCGUGAGCGAAUGGCGUUGCCCGACCUGACCACCGUGCUCGAUCUCCGAUCGUCGCCUCCUGUCGUCACCCCUCGAACUAGCGUGCGUGAUGCUGCCAGGCUCAUGAAGGAGCGCCGAACCACCGCUGUCUGUGUCAUGGAGGCCAACCACGGGACGUCGGCGAUUUCCGGUGUUUCUUCCGGCGGUGCGCCUCCCAAGAUUGCUGGUAUCUUUACCAGUAAGGAUGUUGUGCUGCGAGUCAUUGCCGCGGGUUUGGAUGCGCAGAGAUGUUCGGUGGUUAGGGUCAUGACUCCCCACCCUGACACUGCUCCUCCCACCAUGGUCGUGCAGGACGCUUUGAAAAAGAUGCACAAUGGUCACUAUCUCAACCUUCCCGUUGUCGAGACUGACGGCAGACUCAUCGGCAUUGUCGAUGUGCUCAAGCUCACCUAUGCUACUCUCGAACAGGCAAGUUAUCUCAUAUCUCGUCAACUCGACUAA